UCAUCAAGAUGGUCUCAACACGUCAAAUGACUGGUGGUGCUACGUCGGAAGAAUCCAGUCUUCAAUUGUGUCGCACAGUACCAACAACGUUAUCGUCUAACACAACGUCGAACGUUGUGACGAUUACAUCCUCCUCGAUUAAUCCUAAAGCACCAACAGCGUUUCCACUGCACACGAAUCAGCCGUUGUCUCCACCCGCUUCAGCUGAACCAUCAUCAUCGUCCGAUUCCAGCAAUAGUUUGGCCAAUAUUGGAACGGUAAUGGUAAUAAGCGAUCUACCGGUUCAGCAGCGGCAAGAAGUGAACCUGAUGGAACUGCCGACAGAAAUAUUGGAGCACAUAUUUUCGUUUGUGGGGUAUAAAAAAAUUGCCCAAAUGAGAGUGAUAUCUCGUCAAAUGAAUAAGGUGUGCUGUUCCAUAUUGAAUUCCACUUUCCAAAAACUACAAAAUCAAAUGCACACAAGGUUUCAAACAGUAAAAGCCAAAAUGCCCCGCAGAGAAUCGGCGCGAAGAAAUCAUCCAUUAGCUUGCGAAUGUGAUAUUUUAGAGACAUGCUACAUGCGGCUAUCUUUACUACAAAUGACAUUUGGUAAACAUAUCGAACGGAAGCACUGCUGUUUCUUUCCUGGUGGGAUUCUAGAUGAGGUGUAUUCGGUGUUAAACUACAUCCGUACAUCGCCGUCCCUAGAUCGACCGUUCAAAGUAACCGAUGAGCUAUUUGAUCUCUCUACAAUGGCUAUGGAAUAUUUCAAGGAGCACAUAGAGCCAAAUUUACCUGAUAUUGCAUAUUUCACCAAUAGUACAAAAUCAUUUGCGCCCCUGGAAGCUUCAUCGUCAAUCCUUUCCCGCGAUACAUCACAUUCGAGUUCGUCAUCCCCACCGCAAAGCAAUAUGGUGCUGCGGAAGGGUAUACGCAAGAUCAAACAAGGAAUGAAACGGUACAAUAAUCAACUUACCGUUUUACGCAGCGAAUUGCGUACUUGCAAACGAAAAGCAACCGAACAGGCGAAAACCAUAACAGAACAACAGAAACUGUUAGCCGAACAGCAGAAACAGACGCUCGAGUUUGCGAAUCGGCUUGACGAAACGGAUAAAAAGAAUGAGGAACUGUCGAGAAAAUUUUCCACAGUACUACAGGAAUUGAAUAAAUGUAAAACUGAGCUGCAAUAUUGGCGUUCAAAAAGUCCAGCAACAACGAAUCCACACGGACAAGUGGUGCCUGCGUAUGAGCUACAAACCCUCGGAAGUCCAAAUGCGGUAUCGUAUGACAUUGAUUUGCUGUCGAAUGCAUCUCCCGCAAAUGCGGAAGAUACUAGGAAAAAAGACGACUCUGUACAGAAUAAGGAAAAAUUGGAGCACACUUCACAAGUACUAAGACCGAGAGAGGAAGAUUUACCACUGGUGGUUGCAGAAUCGACAGAAUUACUCCCCGUAACGCUGACAAAGCCUGGGCUGAAGAGGAAAAUGGAUUGCGUAGCAAUGGCACCAGAAUGCGAUAACAGUGUCUAUGCAAAUGGCAAUGAUCCAGUGCGAUUGGAAGGAUUGGUCUGUCUUAAUCCUCCAUUUGCUUCGGCAUCACUCGCUGCAUCCUAUUCGUCAUCUACAUUGUCACCAUCCGCAGUGUACGCACCGACUGCGGCAUCGUCAUCAGUCUCGUGCGAGGAAAGUAUGCUUUCGUCAUCAAUGUCGUCGUCCUCUUCGCUAAAUGUGAAUAGUAGUUGUGCGGAAAAUGCUUCUAGCACCGGAUUGUUGUAUCCCUCCAGCGCAGAUGCAUCGGGGGAGAGGACUGAAUUGCAAAGUCUUUCUAGCACAACGCAUGAUGAUAGCUUUUCUGGAGCUACAGGUUUGCCCUUUGCAGCUGCAAAACCAGUUUUCAACCACCUAAAAGCCAUUAACCAGUCCAAUACUAAUCAUACUUUGAAUCAGAAUAGUGAUAGCAGCAACAAUAUUAGCAGUAGUAGCUUUAGCAAUACCGUUGAUAGCAAAAAUGAUAGCACUAGUAACGAUAAUAACUCUAAUAAUCAUAUGAAAAAAAUACGAAGAGUACAAAGCAAAGCUAGAUCACAAAGUUAUAAUAGACAAAGUAAUCUUAAUGCUACAGUAACUAUGCAUACAAAAACCACUAGAAGCAAACAAUUGGACAAACAAGCAGGAAAUUAGUGAUGAA